AUGGCAAUUGAAAAAAUGAAGGAGAUACAGCCUACAGACAGGUCUAAAGCUAGCAAGCGUUCGGAUAAGGCUGAUGCAGAUGUAACAGUUGUAGAGGGUAAUUUGGCUGGCCUCAGUAUUACUGACCCAGCUUCGGGAGGAAGUGGCGUUCAAGAGGAGUUAAAUACGUCACGUGGCAAUAGUUCAAGUUUACAGCUAGAGCAAUUGGAGAAUACAAAUCUGCUUACUGUUCGCAUUAAGUGGGCGAAACCAGAUAAUUUGAUGGAUGACUAUAAGUUACAGCUGUUGAACAGGUGUAGCGAUGCAGUGUUGUUUAAUCGGGGGUUUCCUAUAAAUCCCUCUAUCAUUGAAAACUACGAGUAUUUCUCUGACAGUAAACGGUUAUUAAUUUUGAAGGAAAACGAGGAUAUAUAUCCAUUUGAGGUUGGUACUGAGGAGUAUGCUAGAUCGUAUGGUAAGGAGAUGGGAACUUGGUUAUACGACUUAGUGCUACAGGCGCAGUUCAAGACUUUCGCAGACCUGGCUGAAGCACGUGACGCAAUUAAGGAGUUGAUUGUAGAUAACAAGCAUGUUGAGGAGUGGUCAAUUAGCCAGAAUCUUCACGCGUUGACCCACCCGGGUAACCUAUAUAUACGUGGGAUUCCAAAAGACCUGACUGUUGAAGAUCUUCUUCCUAUAUUUACCAAGUUCGGACCUCUGUUGUCCCUUAAGAUCAUAGUUGACGUGAACACGGGUAAGUCACUCGGAUAUGGGUUUAUUUCCUAUCCACUUGGUUCUCAGGCGGCUCGGUGUAUAAAAGAAUUGAACGGGAACUUGAUGAACGGUUCAUUACUAUUUAUCAAUUACCACGUGGAAAGGAAGGAAAGGGAAAGGAUACACCUUGACCAUUUGAAAGAAGACAAUGACGAUGAAAGAUUUAGAGGUGUAUUUGUCGGUAACCUUCCUUCAGAGAAUGAAGAUGGCACGUUAAUUACUCCUGGACAAGUUUUUGAGAAAUUUAAGGAGAUACUAGAUCCUGUGGAAAUAUUAUCAUAUUAUUUCCCAAAACGUAAUUCGAACACAAAUAUUGAGUACAAAGAUGAUGACCACUCUAUGGGAAGUAAUUCUCGGGAGAACAUUGAGACUUGUGCUUCUCAGAACGAGAUCUCUCCUUUGAAAGGAUACGGAUUUAUGAAGUUUUCGACUCACGAUAUGGCAUUAAAGGCUAUUGACGUCUUAAAUGAUUAUAAUUGGUUAGAUCACAUCUUAGUUGUGAACAAAGCUGUGCAAAAUCGACCUAUUCAUAACCAUGGCCACCAUCAUCACCACCGCUCUUCUAGCAACCGUGCGUCUGUUUCCUCAAGACAAUCCAGUGGUUCAAGUAUGCCUUACUUUGGUCCCACGGGCCCGUCUGGGGCUACAAUCCAUCCGCCAUCCCCCGCUUUUCCUAUGUUCGCGCCUGCUUUUUCUGUUUCCCCAACUGGGUCUGAGGGUGUCUCAGCAGAUCGUUCUCCCGUACUUUCUGGAUCUAGCGGUUGUGGUUCCCCACAGGUAAAUUCAUUAACACAGGGACCGGUUUUUACUGCUCAAUCUCCUGCUCUCAGCCCGGACUCUGUAACAGCUCCACGUUCACGUCAUGGAUCGUUUUAUUUACCGUCUUGUCCAGUGAUUUACUCUACAUCAGGUAAUAUACCAGGUGCUCAUUCGCAGUUUGGUCACCACGGCAAUGCUCACUCAGCGGCAGCUGCAGCCGCGGCAGCAGCGUUUGGUGGCUUGCCAAUUCCGACUAGGGAUCAGCAAGAAUCCAACCUGUAUGUAAAGCACAUUCCACUAUCAUGGAAGGAUGAGGACCUAAAUGCAUUGUACUCACAGUAUGGGGAGAUAAUCAGCGCAAAAAUAAUCACUGUAGGGGGCUCAAAGAAUGACGAUGGGGAAAUGAAAUACACACUUGAUGAUGUGCCGGUCGGAACAUCUAGAGGAUACGGUUUUGUAUGCUUUAAAAACCCCCUAGAUGCCUCUCGUGCUAUGAUGGCCACAGACCGUUUCCAAGUCGAACCAAACCAUGUGUUGUAUGUCUCCUUCGCGCAGAAACGUGGUAAAUCUGUAAGCAUGAGCUCCUCCUCUCCUAACAGUAGUGGCAACUCUGUUCACUAUUCAUCUGGAUCGGGCCCAAGCUCCUCCCAUUCGUCUUAUCAUAACAACUCUCGUCAAAAUCCUUUCAAUUCUAUAAUGGGCAAUUAUAACACUAAGUUUAUAAACGCCAUGAUCCAGCAACAAAAUCAACAAGUGAACAGUUCCCCAAAUAACCACAACCAGGCAGCAGGUCAUCGCGGAUCUUGGGCUGGUCCAAAUCAGCAACCAUCAUACAUGCUGCCAAUUGUCCUCCCACCACCACCACCUGUCAAUGUUCCCAGGUCCAGUAGUGGGUCGAACAAAAAAUUACAUGAUACCUUCGACAGUUCUUCCGCCUCCGGUUCUACAGUGAUUGACAUUGAGCAAGAGCCAAGUGCCCUUGCUACAAAUUAG